AUGGGUGCAGUAAUGUCAAGCAUCGGCAAUUGCCUCCGCGGCAUUGUCAACGCCAUCGGCUCCAUGAUCCAAGCCAUCAUCUCUGGCAUCGUCAGCAUCUUCAACGUCCUGAUUAACUGCAUUACAUGUGGAUACGCAAGGCGCAGCGGUGGCGGUCGUCACCGAACCAGAACCCAUAGGACGACUCGCGUAUAA